GAGCGAAGAGAGUCUCCACCCUUUUCUUUUCUCCUCGGAGCUUUCAACCUACCUCAUCCGCCAGCAGCUUCUCCUAAACCUCCAUUAUAGAUAUAUAUAUAUAUAUCUAUGUAUAGCUCAUUUUUUAUCAGGACUUUUUCCGCGACUUCUCUUCCAACCUGCUGUGCGUAAAUCUGCCCAAAAACCGUCCGGCGGCUGGAAACCAGAAGUGCCAAGCGCAGGAAUCAGCUCGUGUGCGCGCGCCUCCGUGUGUGCACUGCAGUUGAAUUGCUCUGUGUGUGUGUGUGUGUUCCUGUUUGGAUCUGUCGAGGCCUCCAGCCAUGUACCAGGCCGCGAGGAAGCUGUUCCUCUCGGAGUGCCAAUGCGCCGACGACGCGUCGCGGUCCUACGAGGCGCUGUUCGCCAAGCUGGACGCCAACAAGGAUGGGAAGGUGGACGUGUCCGAGAUGAAGGCGGGCCUGGCCGCGAUGGGCAUCAGGACCGGGGCAGGAGCAGCCAAGAAAAUAGUUUCUUCCGGGGACAAAGACCAAGAUGAAGGGCUCGACUUCAACGAGUUUUCCAAGUACCUCAAGGACCACGAGAAGAAACUGCGGCUGACCUUCAAGAGCCUGGACCGAAACAACGACGGUCGAAUAGACCUGUUGGAGAUCAAGCAGUCACUGGCUGAUCUGGGAAUGGAUAUCAGCAAGGCCGAGGCCGAGAAGAUCCUUCAAAGCAUCGACGUGGACGGCACCAUGACUGUGGACUGGAAUGAAUGGAGGGAGCACUUCCUGUUUAACCCGGCCACCAACCUGCAGGAGAUCAUCCGCUACUGGAAGCACAGCACGGUGCUGGACAUCGGGGACAGCCUCUCCAUCCCAGAUGAGUUCACAGAGGAGGAGAAGACGACCGGUCUGUGGUGGAAGCAGCUGUCGGCAGGGGCCAUGGCCGGCGCCGUGUCCCGAACAGGAACCGCCCCGCUGGACAGAAUGAAGGUCUUCAUGCAGGUUCAUUCUUCUAAGAGCAAUAAAAUCAGCCUGGUCGGCGGUUUCAAGCAAAUGCUAAAAGAAGGAGGCGUGGCGUCUCUGUGGCGAGGAAACGGUGUCAACGUCCUGAAGAUCGCCCCGGAAACGGCCAUUAAAUUCACGGCCUACGAGCAGUACAAGAAGAUGCUGUCCAGUGAACCGGGGAAGAUCCGGACCCACGAGAGGUUCAUGGCCGGAUCGCUGGCCGGAGCCACGGCGCAGACCGCCAUCUACCCCAUGGAGGUGAUGAAAACCCGUCUGACCCUGGGGAAGACCGGACAGUACUCGGGCAUGUUGGACUGUGCCAAGAAGAUCCUGAAAAAGGAGGGCGUGAAGGCGUUCUACAAGGGCUACAUUCCCAAUAUUCUGGGCAUCAUUCCCUACGCUGGAAUAGAUCUGGCGAUAUACGAGAGCUUGAAGAACCUCUGGUUGUCCCGCUACGCCAAGGACACGGCCAACCCCGGGAUUCUGGUGCUGCUCGGCUGCGGCACCAUGUCCAGCACCUGUGGCCAGCUGGCCAGCUACCCGCUGGCUCUGAUCCGCACCAGGAUGCAGGCGCAAGCGUCCCUGGAGGGCUCCGAGCAGCUGCCCAUGAAGCGGAUGGUGCAGAAGAUUCUGGAGAAGGAGGGCUUCUUCGGACUCUACCGCGGCAUCCUGCCCAACUUCAUGAAGGUCAUACCGGCCGUCAGCAUCAGCUACGUGGUGUACGAGAACAUGCGGUCUGGCCUGGGAAUUCAAAAGUAGGGCGGCAGAGAGUCAUCCGCGCAAUGCGGCAAUUUUUUCGAAAAAAAACACCCCUUCCCCUUUUCAGAACGUGUUUACGUGUAGGCCACCGUCUGGUCAGAGAGAGCCACUGUAGAAGUUUCAAAGUUGUUUAGAAAAGAUCCUGCAGCACUCGCGUAGUCGGGCUGAUGAGAACUAAUAAGACUUCUACGGUGUUUUUCCGUCUGUGUGGCGUUUUUGGUUUUUUUUGUACGACGCACUCACAGAUUUAUUUGUGCACUGUUUUUGGGUCUACGGACUUUUUCAAACCACGGACACUCGGAGAGGCUGUUUUUCUUCUUAUCUCAAGACUUUCUCUGCUUGUGGUUUAACUGUUGGUUAGAGUAGAAAAGUCAAUGAAGUCAUUCUGAGCGUGGGUCUCGUUGUUCCUCUGAUGUUUGUCCAAGAAGCACCUUAUUGUACCGGUCUGGGGGAAAUCCAGGUAAGUGGAAUAACAUGAUUCUUUUCUUUUUUUCUUUUUUUUGCCGUCCGUUCUCUGAGAUUAUCAAAAGUAGUCAGACCAAAUGUUGAGAGGGAAAAAAAAAAGAAGUUGCAGAAACUCGUCCAGUUUUAAAUAUGUCCCCUGAAUAUUGUGUGUGUGUGUGUGUGUGUGUGGGGGGGGGGGGGGGGGGGGAAUGUGCAUUGCUGCGUUUUCACAUUGGACCUUUUCAUUGCUGUGUUCAGGACGGGUUCGUCUCCUGGGGGAAAGGGUUUCACUCGAGUGUUGGUCCUCCCUUAGGUGGGACAGAUUUGUAUUCACCUUUUCAGUGCGUUUGGUACCCAGGGGAGUAAAUGUGCCUUAUGGGGUUGUUCUCCGACGUCCGUGGACUUCACCCGUCCUCCACCCUCACUGCAUCUUGCCUUUCUUUUCCAAUGUUUGGUGAAUUGGACGAGGCAAUAAACACACUUUGAAUAUAAA